GCUCCGCGGCGGAGAGGCAGUGGAUCCUCCGGAUCGCCAUGGCCAGUUCCGGAGCACAAGGGCUGCGGCGCUGCGCAGGGCGAGCCGUGCUGUGCUGCGUGGUGCUGGCAGUGUGCGGGGCCGCUGCGGCCGGGCAGAUUCGCUACUCGAUCCCCGAGGAAAUGCAGAAAGGCUCUUUCGUGGGCAACAUCGCGCAGGACCUGGGGCUGGAGGCCAAGGCGCUGUCGGAGCGCGGUGUGCGCGUGAUUUCCAGAGGUAGGACGCAGUAUUUCGCUUUGAAUGUAAAGAGCGGCCAUUUAAUCACGGCGGAGCGGCUAGACAGGGAGCAGCUGUGCGGCCGGGCCGAGAAGUGUCUGCUGAACUGCGAGGUUAUAGUGGAGCAUGACGUGAAGAUGUAUGGAGUGGAAGUUGAAAUCGUAGAUAUUAACGACAACGCUCCCAGCUUCCAAACAGGGGAAAUGGAAUUAAAAGUCAGCGAGCUAACAGUCGUAGGAACCAAGUUUCCACUUCAUGAGGCUCACGAUCCAGAUUUGGGGUUAAAUUCUCUCCAGAAAUACCAGUUACAGAAUGACAAACAUUUCUUUCUUGAUCUAAAAACACGACUUGAUGUUUUUAAACGUCCCGAAUUAGUGCUGCAGAAGCCCCUGGACCGGGAAGAGCAGGCUGCUCACGACCUCAUCCUCACCGCCACUGACGGCGGAGAUCCGGUCCGCUCCGGCACGGCGCGGAUCCACGUGGUGGUGCUCGACGCCAAUGACAACGCGCCCGUGUUCAGCCAGCCGCUCUACCGCGUGAGCGUGCGGGAGAACGUGCCCGUCGGGACCACGGUGGCUACAGUGAAAGCCACGGAUCUGGACGAAGGUGUUAACGGAGAGGUGAUAUACACUUUCCAGAAGAUCACAGAGCUGGUAUCCCGAAUAUUUCAUCCGGAUUCCGGGACUGGAGACAUAACAACUGCAGAGAAACUGGACUUCGAGGAGGCCUCGUUCUACGAAAUGGAGGUGCAAGCUCACGACGGCGGAGGCCUCUUCGACACAUCGAAGGUCGUGAUCUCUGUCCGCGACGUGAACGACAACGUCCCCGAGAUCAGGAUCACCUCCCUGCUCAGCUCUGUCCCCGAGGACUCCCCGCCGGGAACCGUGAUCGCCCUCUUGAUCGUGCAGGACCAGGACGCCGGAGAGAACGGCGCCGUCACAUGCACCAUCCCGGACCACGUCCCUUUCCGGCUGCAGAAAUCCUUGGAUACAUAUUACACUUUAGUGACGGCCAGAGACCUGGACCGGGAGCAGGUGGCGGAUUACAACGUGACGGUCACGGCCCGGGACCGCGGGGCGCCGCCGCUGUGGUCCGCCACGACGAUCGCGGUGCAGGUGUCGGACGUGAACGACAACGCGCCGGCCUUCAGCCAGGCGGCCUACAGCGUGUGGGUGAGCGAGAACAACGCCCGCGGCGCCUCGGUGUUCUGCGCGCGGGCGGCCGACGCGGACUGGGGCGACAACGCCCGGGUGACGUACUGGCUGGCGGAGGGCGAGCUGCAGGGCGCGCCGCUGUCGUCGUGGCUGUCGGUGCAGGCGGAGAGCGGCGCGGUGCAUGCGCUGCGCGCCCUGGACUACGAGCAGAAGAACAGCUACACAAUGAAGGUGGAAGCCAGGGACGGGGGUGGUCUGUCGUCCUCCGCCAAUGUGAAAAUAGAGAUUCUGGACGAGAACGACAAUGCGCCCGAGGUGACCUUCACCUCCGUGUCCAGCCCCGUCCCCGAGGACUCCCAGAGCGGCACCGUGAUCGCGCUGAUCCAUGUCAAUGAUCCGGAUUCGGGACAAAACGGAGAAGUGGCCUGCCGCAUUCCGGACAACCUGCCCUUCAAGCUGGUGUCGUCCUCCAAGAACUACUACAAGCUGGUGACCGCCGGCGCCCUGGACAGAGAGCGCAGCCCCGACUACAACGUCACGGUCACGGCCACGGACAAGGGCGCUCCGCCGCUCGCCACCACCCAGACCGUCCGGCUCCAGGUCUCGGACGUCAACGACAACGCGCCGCUCUUCGACGAAGCGUCGUACAGCGCCUACGUGGCGGAGAACAACCCGGCGGGGGCCUCGCUUCUCCGCGUGCGAGCCUCGGACCCCGACCUGGGCCGCAACGGCCGAGUCACCUACUCGCUGGUCAGCCCCGACGGCGGCGGCGCAGAGGACAUUCUGUGCAGGGACAGAUCUGGGACGUUACUUAUGAGCAAUGGAUGUAGUGACUUGAAAUCUGAAUUAGAGAUCGCCGAUGCGGAGCUUAUAGCUUCUCAAAAUAGGAAGUAUGAGUAA